AUGAACAGAAAAUUGUACACACAUUUUGUGAGACCAACUUCACCAACACAAAGAGCACCAGCUUUGCAGCAAUCGAUAUUGAGUGGAACAGAAGCUAAGAAAUUAUAUUUAGAAGAAGUAAAAGAAGUUAAAUAUCCUGUUCCAGCUAAAGAAACAUACAGAUCAGAUAAAAAAAGAGGCACAAAACGAAAAGCUUGCACAAACGAAGUACAAUAUUGUGAAAGAGAAUUAUUUCUUUCUGUACAAAAUAAUGACGUAGUCAAGCUUAUACAAAUUUUAGAUGCAUUUCCCGAUAAAAUAAACGUAUGUGAUAGUUUCGGAUGGAGUUUGCUUAUGAUAGCUUGUCAAGCAAAUGCUGUGGAAAUUGUGAAAGAGCUCCUUAAACGAGGUAUUGAUAUGUCUGUAAGAGAUACUGCAGGCAAUUCUGCACGUAGUUUAGUUAUCAAGAAUAGAAAUUUCACUUUGGCUGAUAUACUCCUUAGUCACAAAUCUGAUGAGGAGACUAAAGAACCAAGGAAAAUGCCUACUAUCAACUCCAUGGAUGAAUAUAUUUGUGAUAUCUGCAACAAUAAGAAGUUUUUAAAUAAACAACAGCAUUUAUCAUCAACUUUGCACAAUAUAAAUGCUAGUAAAGGAAGAAAAAUACCCACAAACUAUGUUAUACCUGAAUCAAAUAAAGGUUAUCAGAUAAUGUUGAGAGGUGGCUGGGAUAAGGAGGCAGGUUUAGGUCCUGAUGGUUCAGGGAAGAAAUACCCUAUCAAAGCUACAAAGAAAAUUGAUAAGACUGGUUUAGGGCAUAAGAAAAAAACAAUAGAAACAAUUUUAAAUGAAGAACAUGAAAAGGCAAAAUGUAAGAAUUUAAAUGCAAGGAAUGACCACAAAAACAGGCUACUGGAAAUAAACUUUAGAAGACAAUUUUAUUAAUUGCUGUAACAGUUCUGCUACAGAAGUACUGUGAUGUGCAAGCCAAUCCUAUCCAAAUAUUUUAACAAUGUUAAACAAUGUACAAAAUAUAAAAAGGAAUGUCUUAA